AUGGACAAGUGCAACUGCAAAGCGCAGUACAAUGCGAUGGACAAGUGCAACUGCAAAGCGCAGUACCAUGUGAUGGACAACGGCGACCCUCGCUGUCCCGGAGCCGCCAGCGCCGGUCAUGGACCCGGACAGUUGGACAGCCAGCACCGGCUGGCGCUCUUCGGCGGGCUCGGGGUCCUGCUGGUGCUGGCCGUGGCGCUGGCGGCCGUGCUGAUCUCCGUGUACGGAGGGCGAGCCGGACAGGCUCGACGUGCCACCGGCGGCACUAGCGCCACCCCCGGCGUGUCGGGAGCCCACCAGAUGGCGCUCCCGCCCCUUGGCGUCGUGCCGUGGCACGGCGUUUUGACGCUCGUUGCCGUGGUGAUCAUCGUCCUGUUCGUACGACGGCUCUACAAGUUCCAGACGCUGCAGAGACUAGGAUACAAUAUACCACCAUACAGCUUGCUUUAUGGGCACGCCGGCAAGCUGAAGGGCACCGCCGGUCCGGCGGAGUUCCAGCGUCUGUUCGACGCUUACGGGGUCCAGCAUGGAACGCGAGGCAAGACGGUGGCGCUGUACGUCGGCACGAAACCCACGCUGUGCACCACGGACCCAGACCUGGUGCGCGAGGUGUUCGUUCAGCGGGUGGACACGUUUCCUGACCGGCAGGACAACAAGAGCCCUGUGCUGACCAUUCCGGACCAUAACCUGCUGACGCUGAGGGGCAAGCGCUGGAAAUACGUCCGCCGCGUCCUGAACCCGGCCUUCACCACCAACAAGCUGAAGGGCAUGUCGCCGGCUAUGAACGUGUCCAUUCAGACGUUCCUGGACGUGCUAGAGGGCAACAGGCUCCAGGGCCAGCCGACCAACGUAUACGCCGCCUUCCGCAGCCUCACCCUGGAGGUGAUUGGUAAGUGCGCGCUGGCCAUGGAGGUGCACUGCCAGACGGACCAGCGCGACCCGCUCCUUGUUAUGAUGAAGACGCUGCUUGGGUCCGCUCCGCUAAUGGGUGUGCUGCGCGGUCUGCAGCCGCUGACGCGUCUGCAGCUGCAGCGCUGGCUUCGCGGAGUCAUCCAGCAUCGCCAACGGAGUGGUGCGACGGUCACGGACGCCCUGCAGCUGCUGCUGGAGGCGCAGCGCGCCGACAGUGGCAGCGAAGCCGUCACUGACCAAGAGUUACUCUCCAACGCGUUCGUGUUCAUCGGGGCCGGCUAUGAGACAACAAGUACAGCGCUAGCUUUCACGUCAUACCUUCUGGCGCGCCACCCGACCGUACAGAGCCGCCUGUACGACGAGAUCGUGGCUAGCGUACCGGCCAGCGGUGACCUCGACUACGAAACCGUGCUCGGCCUGCCGUACCUGGAGAUGGUGAUUCAGGAAUCACUGCGUCUCUACCCGCCGAUCCCAGCGCUGUACGGCCGACAGGCUAGCUUCGCGACGGAGGUUCAGGGGAUGCGCGUGCCGCCCGGCGCCUUCGUGGCCGUGGUACCGAUCUGCAUGCAUCACGACCCUGACCUGUGGCCCGACCCGGAGCGCUUCGACCCGGAGCGGUUCAGCGCCGAAAACAAGCCGCACAUCGUGCCCUGCAGCCACAUGCCGUUCGGCGCCGGGCCGCGCCACUGCAUCGGCAUGCGGUUCGCCAUGAUGGAGAUCAAGCUGGCGCUGUGUCACACGCUGCGUCGGUACCGGCUGCUGCCGACCAGCGAGCCGCUGGAGCUAGCCAUCGUUCCGCCGUCUCUCGCACCCGCCUCGGGCCAAAUCAACCUGCGGGUGGAGCUGAGGCAGCCUCGGGGAGACGGGGUGACGGACAAAGUGUAGAGGGAGUAAGGGAGUGUAGAGGGGGCACUAAAGGGAGUGUACAGGGAUCUAUGAAGGGAAGGGGAAGGGACGACGGGACAGGGAUUGCGUGAAAAAAGAAAGAUUGAUGAGGGAGGAGUGUUAUAAGAAGAACGUUUUAGAAUUGAGGAAGAGGUGAAAGAUCCAGGAUGGAGGGGAGAGACGGAUGUAUGGGGUAUGUAUGCAUGUAUGUAUGGGGUGUAUGAUGAGAUGGGAACGGUUGAGGAAAGCUGGAAUAAAGUAAACGAGCUCAAAGAAGCUGAACAGGACCAGAUGAAAGAGUAAAAUAUACCAGCACGUGGAAAGA